AUGUCCUCCAUCUUGUCCUUUAUCGGCUGGGCCGUUCUACCAAAUUAUGUUACCUCAAUUCUUCAAAACGUCUACUAUGGCAUUACCAUCCGUGCCGGCGACCCGCGCCCUCAACCGGGUUCACCACGCUACGCUAAGCACCGCCGUCGCAUCUUUAUCUUCGUCAUAACUACCUAUCUGCUCUACACGCUGUAUGAGAGCUUCUAUCAGAUUCGUGCUGCUGGCGACUUUUACCGUCUCCUGGGAGUCUCUCCCCGGGCCGACGAGAAAGCCAUCAAGUCACGGUUUCGCCGACUCGCUGCCCAGCACCAUCCAGAUAAGGUGACGAACGGCGAGAGUGCAGGCGCAGAUGCCUUCUUUGUAUACUUGAAGCAGGCCCAAGACACGCUGCUGGAUCCAGCGCGACGAUUCGCAUAUGACCGGUUCGGGCCUGAUGUGGUUCAAUGGCGCAACCGCGAGACGAUGCAGGAUUUCUUGUAUGCGGCGCUGACACAGGCCCUGACGCAAUACGCCGCUGGAUUUGUGAUAAUCGUGCUUAUGAACUUCUUCUUGUGGGGGCCAUGGGGGCGCUAUCCGGUUGCGCUAUUCGACCCUGCAUCCUAUCUGCCUUCAGGGCUGCGCUCCCUUCUGAAGGUUUCCACUGAUUCGCAAACCUUCUAUCUGCUGCCAUUCCAGAUCAUCUCUCUCGCACGCCGUGUAUCGAUCACCAUCCACAUUUUUAUCUCGCAGCUCGACGUUGCCAAGGGGUCCUCGCCAGCCGGGGCUCCCGGGACUCUGAGUGCGCAGAGUCUGCAACGGUUGGGCCAGCUUGUGCAGCUGUCACAAGUUGCCGACAGGGAGGCGACGCGACUGCUGCAGCUGGGGUUUGCGCCGUUCCGGGGGGACCGCGAGAGCGUGGCGACGCUGCGGCGGAGCAUGAAGGAGGGACUCGUGCUGGGAAGCGUGCGCAACAGCCAGGAGGUGCAGGAGGCCGUCGCGCAGGUGCGGCAGCGGAAGAGGCGAGGGAACUUGGAAGAACACAAAGACUAG